AUGGCGCCGCCGGCCCUCCAGAAGACGGGCAAGUUCAGCGUCUUCGACCGGCCCGGCGUGAAGCAGACGCAGCGCACGUCCGGCGCGCGGCUGACGACGGCGUCGGCCGGCAAGAUCGACCAGGCCGCCGGGGAGAAGAUCGGCGGCCCCUUCGCCGUCGAGCCGGCCCCGGCCUUCACGGCCCACCGCGAGGCCGUUUGGGACCGCGCGGCCGCGGCGCGCGCGGCCGCGCCGCCGCCGCCGAAACGCCCCAUCGAGAUCACGCUGCCCGACGGCACGGUCAAGCCCGGCGUCGCGCACGAGACGUCGCCCCUCGACAUCGCGCUGGGCAUCAGCAAGCAGCUCGCGGGCCGCGUCUGCGUCGCGCGCGCGGGCGACGUGGUCAAGCCCGUGCUCUGGGACCUGCCGCGGCCCCUCGAGGGCGACUGCCGGCUCGAGCUGCUCGACUUCGAGAGCCCCGAGGGGAAGAUGGUCUUCUGGCACAGCGCGGCGCACCUCCUCGGCGCGGCGCUCGAGCAGAAGUACGGCGCGAAGCUCUCCAUCGGCCCGCCCGUCGAGGGCGGCUUCUACUACGACGCCUACAUCGGAAACGAGACCAUCAGCGACAAGGAGUUCAAGGACAUCCAGGCGCGCGUGGCGAAGAUCGUCAACGCGAAGGCCAAGUUCGAGCGCCUCGCGCUCACGAAGGCCGAGCUGUUGGACAUGUUCGCCUACAACCCCUUCAAGAGCGCCAUCAUCCAAAACAAGGUGCCCGACGGCGCCAUGACGACGGCCUACCGCAGCGGGCCCAUCAUCGACCUGUGCAUGGGCCCCCAGGUGCCCGACGCGGGUCGCGUCAAGGCCUUCGAGGUGCUGCGGGCGUCGUCGGCCUACUGGCUCGGCAAGACGGAGAACGACACGCUCCAGCGCGUCUACGGCGUCGCCUUCCCGGACAAGAAGGGCCUCACGAAGCACAAGGCCAUGCUCGCGGAGGCCGCGAAGCGCGACCACCGCAAGGUCGGCGGCGCGCAGAAGCUCUUCUUCUUCGACCAGCUGAGCCCCGGAUCCGCCUUCUUCGAGCCCCACGGCGCGCGCAUCUACAACGGCCUCAUCGCCUUCAUCAAGGACCAGUACUGGCUCCGCGAGUACACGGAGGUCGUGACGCCGAACGUCUACAACUUCGACCUGUGGCACACGUCGGGCCACGCGCUCCACUACAAGGACGACAUGUUCUGCUUCGACGUCGAGGGCGCCGAGUUCGGCAUGAAGCCCAUGAACUGCCCGGGCCACUGCCUCAUGUUCAAGCAUGACGUCCGGUCGUGGCGCGACCUGCCGAUGCGCUACGCGGAUUUCGGCGUGCUCCACCGCAACGAGCUCAGCGGCGCGCUUUCCGGGCUCACGCGCGUGCGCCGCUUCCAGCAGGACGACGGCCACAUCUUCUGCCGCGAGGACCAGGUCGAGGAGGAAGUGAGGGGCGCGCUCGAGUUCAUGAAGCACGUCUACGACGUCUUCGGCAUGGGCUACCGGCUCGAGCUGUCCACGCGGCCGAAGAAGGCCCUGGGCGACAAGGCUGUGUGGGACCGCGCCGAGGCCGCCCUGGCGAGCGCCAUGGACGCCUUCGCGGGCAAGGGGGGCUGGCGCGUGAACCCGGGCGACGGCGCGUUCUACGGGCCCAAGAUCGACAUCAAGGUCACGGACGCGCUGGAGCGCGUGCACCAGUGUGCGACGAUCCAGCUCGACUUCCAGCUGCCCAUCCGCUUCGACCUCAAGUACCGCGUGGGCGACACGUCGGGGGAGGAGGGCGGGGCGGUCACACGCCCGAUCAUCAUCCACCGCGCGAUGCUCGGCUCCGUCGAGCGCAUGAUGGCCGUCCUCACGGAGCACUGGGGCGGCAAGUGGCCCUUCUGGAUCUCGCCGCGCCAGGUCUGCGUCAUCCCCGUCGGGCCCACGAACUUCGACUACGCGCGCGCCGUGCGGAAAACGAUCCGCGCCGCGCGCUUCUUCGUCGACGUCGACGACUCGGGCAACACGCUGCCCAAGAAGGUGCGCAACGCCCAGCUCGCCCAGUACAACUUCAUCCUCGUCGUCGGCGACAACGAGGUCAGCGACGGCACCGUGACCGUGCGCACGCGCGCGAACACCGUCGAGGGCACCGUGCCCCUCGCGGACUUCGUCGCGCGGUGCCGCGUGCUCCAGGACACGCAGGCCAAGGACCCGCCGCCGCCGGAGCAGCCCGCCAAGGGCGCGGCGCCGGCCAAGGGGAACAAGAAGUGA